AUGCUGACCCUCCGUGAAGCCACCGUCGCCGAUUCCCCGCGCAUCGGCGUCAUCGGCCGCGACUCGUUCGGGCCCACCCUCUCCCGGAUUUUAUUCCCGGCGCAUUUGCACCACCUCGCCCGCACCGAUGCUGCAACGGAGGAGGCCGAGUGGAGGGCUGCCCGCAACACCAGGCGGAUCAAGGACGGCAAGAAAACCUAUGUUGUUGUCGACAAGCUGGAAGAUGGCAGUGAGCAGAUUGUGGGAUAUGCCCAGUGGGAGACCCCAGACUCCCUCCCACCGACAGCCAAACCCCAGACUGCAAGCGAAACAGAGGUUGACGUGCUGCCGCCUUCGCUGGACCAGGAUGCUCUGAAAGAAAUCUUCGGGCUCAUGGAGGUGGUGACUGAGCAAACACUGGGGAAAGAAGGGCACAGCCAGAUGUGGUACUUGAUGAUUCUCGGCGUGGAUCCCACUCAAAAGCGCAGAGGAAUUGGCAAGAUGCUGGUGAAGCAUGGCCUGGAGCAGGCCGCCAGGGAGAAGCGAGACGCCUUCCUGAUUGCUACCCCCGAGGGCAAGUAUCUCUACUCACGGCUCGGGUUUGAGCAAGUCGGGGAAGAGAUCGCCCUGGGUGACGUGGCGCAUUACGCGAUGCUCUGGAAGAGGCCGCGCGAGGAGGGUGAGGAGGUGUUGAACUGAGUUUGACGGCCCGCAGAUGUAGCAUUGUUGCGUGAGCGGACGGCACGAAAGGACCUCGGCGAUGAUGUUGUAAAUAUCGGCGACCUCCUUGCGGUUUAAAACGCAUUGACUGGAUCGCAUACGCACGUGCAGGAGACAGUGCUGAUGUAAGAUCUGCUUCGUUAGAAGCACUGCUGGCAAAAUGAUGCAUGCAUGUGCGCUCCUUCGCC